UGCAAUAUAGCCAGUUCGUUAUUUGCACAGAAGUCGAACGCAUACCAGCACGAGCGAGAGAGCCUAUAAAAAUUGUAAUCCUCCAAUAUACAUCUACAUUAGCGGAUCGUUGCAGCCCACAAUCGAACGUCGUUGAACAACGGUUGGCCACUUGAGCCCGCGUUUUGUCGCAUAGGCAGCAGUUAUACAACCGCGCGAUCUCGAACGCGCGAGUAGACGCGUGAAGUUCGUUGUUUCGUCGGCUCGUUUAAUAAUCGGUGCUGUUGCUGCUGCUGCCGCUACCGGCGCAACAUAACAGCGGUCCUUUCGCAUUAUACAUACAUCAUACAUGGUGGUGAUACCGAAGAAAAGCGACGAGCGUCGUAGCGAUAAAAAAAAGGCGCGAUUUCGUGCGCUUCCCCACCCCACCCCCGAGAGGAUCCUUGCCGCGCGACAAGUUCACACUCGCGAACGACAGAAGUCAUCAUUAACGAGAUACGCAUUGUAAUUUGUAUCAUCGCAGCGGCUACACGGGCCCAGGCACGCAUCUCGCCCCAAGGCGUCGCAGAUCUCUUUUCGUAAAGUUUAUUGCAUGUUGUAUAGAACGCGAUUAACUGCGGGCAGUAAUUUAUCGUUCGUUCGUUCAAAACAAAAAAAAACAGUGUUCCAAUCGAACUGUGUAAACGUUAAUAUUCGUGGCUCUGUGUUUAUGGGAACGUUUAGUUGAUAGCGAAAAUUACAUCUGCGACGCGUGACAUUGAAUAGUGCCGUGCAAAGUCUUCGAACGCUGCUGCGCUCUGGCCUGGUAAAUAGACGUUCUCAACGGCUUUUUCGCUCAAAGGAUACACUGCAGGGAAGGGAGACGAAUCGCAGCCGCUCCUCUCAUAUCUAUUUUACGAGUUACAACCGAUCUGGAAGCAAUGCUUGCAAAACGAAAGAAAACGAAAACCACUCACACGAGCACGAGGCCAGAAGUCGAGGAGCGGAGGGUAACCACAAUAAUGGAUCUGGACGAUUCUUGUCUGCAGCACAUUUUUUCUUACAUAAAUCCAUUCAAAAAACUCAAAGUGCAAAAUGUUUGCAAACGUUGGAGAAGGCUGAUAUUUCACUCCUGGGUCGACGUUACGGAACUGACGGUGGAGCGCUUCUCGUCCUUUUCCGAAUUCGAGAACGUGUUGAAGUACUGCGGCAUCGGCCUUAUUGAGAUCAAGCUCCGCUAUGUGACCAGCGGACCCGCCUGCAUGGAAAUCCUGAAAAUCAUUCACAAGCUCUGCCCGAACAUCAAGAGGCUCGAUCUGUCUGAUCUGACCCUCACGUAUCGCUCGAUCGAGUAUCUGGCCAACAACUUCGAUCUGAGACACAUCGCCUUCACGCGCAUCCACAAGGAGUGCGAGGGUGCGCUCUCCUACUUCUUUACCAAGAAUAGCAAGCUGAGAUCGUUCCAGACGACGUCCGACAGUAUUUUAUCCCACUGCCUCACGUAUUUGCCCGCCGACACGUUGCAGCACUUCGACAUAUCGCAUUACUACAGCAAGACCGGCAUGUCUGUGGAACAUUUAAAGUCGGCUUUGAUACGAUUGAAAAAUUUGAAAAGCUUCUCUUUUACUUGUCCAAGUGAGGAGAUGCAACGGUAUGAUGAGUUUUUGGCAUCUAUACAUCCUGAAGCACCGUUGGAAGAUCUCCAAUUGAACUACACUCAUAAGAAAAAAGCUAAAAAAGACGAUAAAGUAAUGCUGCCGAGUUUGAAAAAUUUAAAGAAACUUAAAAUUCUGCAUUUGUCCGGAGAUAUGAUUGUACACGAUGACGUUAUGAAAGUCGUCAAAAGUGGCUGCAAGCAUCUUGAGGAAGUCGAUCUAUCUAAUUCAGAAUUUUUAACUGACGUAGGCCUAUCGUACAUAACGUCGCUUCCUAAGAUAAAAGACCUGAAUUUUAGGCACUUGCAGCUCGUUACCGACAAAUCGUUUAAAAACAGUAAUAUGCAAAAUCUGCGACGAUUACAGAUAUACGAAUGCAAGAAGCUUCGAACCACUGGUUUUCGAAAAGUGCUCGAAUCCUCGAAAGUUCUUCACUCUCUGGACGUGUCGCGUUGUCCCCAGGUAUCGCCGAAACUUUUAAAAAGUUGGUCUGAAGAAGCAGUCGCCAAGCGAGGAGAAGACGGUCCCGCGCUUAUCGUGCGCACCUCCUGCACCUGGGCUGGCGCGUGCGAUUUACUCACGCGCGUAUCGCCGUUACUGUACUUCUACGACGACAAAGAUAAUGAUAAAUAUUAUUAGUCGAUUCGUGAAACUUUUAAUCAUUCUCAAAUGUUCAGAAUGACAGUGUUUUUUUGUUUAAAAAAGUGCUUUUAAGAAAAAUAUGUGUAAAAAAGAAGCCUCCGCGAUUUUAUCGUUUAACACGAUAUGUAUGUGUGUAAUAUGUAGUCGAGAGCAUCAAUAUGUAUAUCGCAUAAAGAGCUUUCGUCGAAGAAACGCGCGCAGCAGCGCCGUCAACCAGGCUUGGGGGACGCUUUCCGAUAUGCGUUGUAGGUUGUAUAAUCUUCCUCGUCUACCUCUCUCUAUAUGUGUCGCUCGUUCUCUACAUAGACAAGAUAUUACAUUUGAAUAAAUGUCAGCGCCGAUAAAGCGUACCUCAGCAUAGUACGCCUCCCCUCGGGCGGCUAUCCCGCGGGAAAUAUUUGCUAAUAUCGAUCAUACUGUCAUUAAUAGCGAGCCAUAUAUGUAUAUGUGUAAGUGUAUGGUGCACGCGUGUGUGCUUUCGUAUCGCACGAACGUUUGGAUUUUGUGGAACGUGCUGUGAAAUCGUAUUGGGAAAUAAGAGCUUCUGUAAUCUAUGCGGAAAACUUCUGCCUUGUUUUAAAAGUUGUUCGAUUAUAAAAUACUUAAGUGUGUUCUGUGUGUCUUGUAAGAAUUAAGAUCAUCCGCAUUGUUGUUAAAAAUUAAUCGUUUUAUUUACGAAUAUUUUUGUUUUCGUAAAACGUAAUCUAUUAAAAACAAUAAUAUAUGUGAAAUUUUAAAAAAGUGUUAUGAAACAAGAUUUGUUAAAGCACGAAAAAGUGUAUGUCAAUAUGUUACCACAGCUGAGUAUUCGUUAUUCGUGUGUUGAAUUUUUCCCUCGCGUCUGCUCAUCGCCGAGUCAUGUUCGGCAAGCUGUGGCAGUCCGAAUCAUUUGGUACAGCGAGUCUAGAAAAAUAAAAGCGAAAUCAACGAAUAUCAUUUUUCAUCGACCCUUCUACAUUCGGGGAUAUAAAAACAAUGAAACACCAAUGGAUACAAUUAAAUGUCGAAUCGUCAGUCGUACCCUUAUGACGUGGAUCAUUAUUACUCACCGGUGUAUAUUUUCAUUGUUGCCGUUAGAAGUAAGUGAAAAAAGUCUACCAAAUACACACCAAAGAUUUUUUUUCGUGUAUAAGCAAGGGGUAUAUUUCAUAUAAUCCACAAGUUAAGUGAGCAGUAAAGUUUUACUUUCUUAUCCUCCUCAAUUGCCUGCUUUACUGUUCUAGGGCUACUUUACGCGCCAGCAUCAUUACUCUCAUUUUUUCUUGCCCCAAGCAGCCUUUAGUAAGGUGUAUAUAGAGAGCGACUGUUUGUUCUUUAAAGAAAAAAAGAGAAGGUGUUCAACCGAAGUUCCACGCGUAUUUGAGAGUGUAUACUCGAGCUGUUUCUUUCUACUUGCAAUUUCUUAAAGAGCCGCCGCGCGCGACAAUUUAUGUGAGGCGUGUUCAUAACUUCUACGCCGUCACACCCGAACAACCUUUCGUCUGCCUUCCUUUCUCCUUCUUGUUACAACACUUCUUGGGGACUUUUACUCGAUUCUUUAGUGCCCAUUGGUUUUCCUUCUCACUUUGUUUUUUAUUCGUUUGUACUCGACUUUUUUUCUCGUAUGUACAUUCAAUAGAUGUGUACGAGGGGAUUCCUUUUCAAUGCGCUAUUGAUAAAAAAGUUCGUUUAUUUUCUCUAUACUUCGAUAGAGUUAAUUUGCGAGCAAUUCGGAAUCAGCGC